AUGGAUACAACACAACAUGCGGCUCCUGAGCCGCGGGCAAGAGCAGCUAUUAAGCUACCCCAAGAUCGUUCUGAUUUAGAGAGAGGACUCAGUCUGAACAACAAUCCUGAUCCUCAACUCUUUGUUGAUGAGACGUAUCCCGAGGGCGGUCUGGAAGCAUGGUUGGUGGUGUUCGGGUGCUUCUGUGGAUUGGUUGCAUCUCUGGGGCUGAUGAACUCUAUUGCGGUUUUUCAGACAUACAAUGCUGCCAACCAGCUUUCAACCUACAAUGAGGGUACGAUAGGCUGGAUUUACUCCAUCUAUACUUUCUUAGCUUUCGGCUGUGGUGUGUAUAUCGGCCCACUAUUCGACAAGUAUGGUCCUAGGUGGCUCUUGCUUCCUGGCACUCUCGGUAUCGUCGCGAGCUUAAUGAUUUUGAGUGUUUGCACUAAGUACUGGCACUUCAUCCUGGCAUUUUCCUUGCUCAACGGCCUGUGUACCUCCCUACUGUUUACGCCCUGCUUCACUGCCGUCGGCCAUUUCUUCAAGGCGAGACGUGGUCUAGCAACCGGCAUAGCCAGCACCGGCGGCGGCGUCGGCGGCGUCGUGUUCCCACUCAUCCUGCAGCGGCUCUUCGUGACGGUCGGCUGGCCGUGGGCCCUGCGCAUCCUCGGGUUCGUGUGCCUCGUCCUGGCCACCACCUGCAGCCUGCUCGUGCACAAGCGCCUGCCGGCCGCCCGUAAUGCCUCGCCGCACCCGGACUUCCGCAUCUUCAGGGACAAGGCCUUCCUCUUCACCACGCUCGGCGUCUUCCUGCUCGAGUUCGGCCUCUUCAUCCCCAUCGCCUACAUCUCCUCCUACGCCCUGCACGUCGGCCUCGGCGACGACUUCAGCUUCUACAUCCUCACCAUCCUCAACGCCGCCUCCGUCUUCGGCCGCCUCCUCCCGGGCUACUGGGCGGAUGUCAUCGGGCCCUUCAACUCGAACAUGCUCUCCGUCUUCGUCACCAUCGUCGCCUGUUUCGGGGUAUGGCUGCCCGCGGGACACACGCUGCCCGGCAUCGUCAUCUUUGCCGUCUUGUUCGGAUUCGGCACGGGAAGCAACAUCUCCAUCACGCCGGUUUGCGUGGGGAAGUUGUGCCACACGCAAAACUAUGGAAGAUACUACGCGACGUGCUACACGGUCGUGAGCUUUGCGUGUCUUAUCGGCAUUCCGAUUGGUGGCAGUGUCGUCACGGCGUGUGGUGGGGAGUACUGGGGCCUGAUCGUGUUUACGGGACUCACGGAGGUACUCAGUCUGAUCAGCUUUCAGAUCGCCAAGGUCGUGAGCGUGGGCUGGAGCCCUUGGAUCAAGUUCUAG